AUGGAAAGAUUAUAUCUGAAAGUAAAGGGAAGGACAAGGAAAAUACGUCACGUGGAAUACUCACGUCAUCCCACUCCUCAAUACAACAUGACAUGCCUAACAAAUCUGUCCAAUUAUACACAAAAGCGUAAGCAAAUGUUAUACAGCGAUCCACAGUUACGAGUAGCAGCUAUGACGGAAAUGACGAAGAAUGAACUAUGA